GAUAAAAUCAGCAUCCAGUUGUUGUUCCAUUCAACGAACUCUCAUAGCUGUGCGUGGUCAGUCAAUUGAACUUUGUAAGCAUAAAUAUGCGAAGUCCUUCAUGUUAAUGCAGCGUAGAGAGCUUCCUAAUAGGUCCAGUUGUUACUCACGAUGCCAAAAUGGUGUUCCUGAAUUCUCGGCACAACCUACGUACUGCUUCGCUGUUUUCUACUGAACGACAUGCCAGAGUUUAUAACUGAUCACUAUUCCGGCCAUAUUUUAUGCGAAAAUAGCGAAUUGUAACUGCCAAUCUUCAUUAGUUUUAUUGCUCAACAAUAAAAACGUCUUGUUCUUUCGUGUAUAACCCUCCAUCUUUAACAAGCCUGAACUGUCAGCUGUCACGUUACCUUUUUUCAAAUCCUUGAGUGAAUUUUGAGACACUUUUUAGUUCUUUGAAGCAAGAUUGUCAAAAUCAGGAGCAUGUGACAAAAAAUGUUGGGUCCGAGACGAGUUGGUUGUAGAAAAAGAGUUUCGGACAAGAGUGGGGUGUAAUUUAUGAUGGUCGUGGAAGUCAUUUAGCCACAUUGAUAAAAUGAAUUGCCAAGACAAGAUAGCGGCAAACGGGACAUUCCGGAAUGACAACAAAGAAGAGAGACAAGGAAAUGUUCCGGCAUCAGAUGUAAACGUCGCUCGACAAUAUGUUCUCAGUUUCGUGGGUUCGACAUCGCGAUAUUCAUCUUCUAACUGCUGGUAGAUACACGUACACAUCUGACCAACGUUUCGAAGCGGUCCAUCUUCCUCAUUCCGACGAAUGGUCCCUCAGAAUCAAAUAUCCGCAGCGAAAAGACACGGGGAUCUACGAAUGUCAAAUAAGCACGACUCCUCCAGUGGGACACUUUGUAUAUCUGACAGUUGUAGAGCCGAUAACGGAAAUCCUUGGCGGUCCGGAGCUUUUUAUAAACGAAGGGUCCACGAUCAAUUUGACCUGUCUGGUACAGUAUGCCCCCGAACCACCCCCUACCAUCACCUGGUCCCACAACGGGAAGCCAAUUAACUUCGAUUCUCCGAGAGGAGGCAUCAGCCUUGUCACAGAGAAGGGUGCAACAACCACCAGUCGACUAUUAGUUCAAAAAGCAUCCUUGAUAGAUUCAGGACUCUACAACUGUACCCCGUCAAAUGCAGAACCGGCAACCAUCAGAGUCCACAUACUCAACGGGGAGCAUCCAGCUGCUAUGUACCAUGGAAGAACUUCAACCAUAUCGUGUCUACCGCCGAUUACCAUCCUAACAUUUAUUUUGGCAUUUGUAACUUCCGUGACGUAGCAAAUGAAUUAACCAUUUUAGAACAACUAAGUUCAAUGUUCAGUUCAAAUGAUUUAAGUUCAAAUGACUUAAUUUGUUUCAAGUAUUAACAAUAAAUGUCUCCGGCUCCUUUUUGGGGCGACGAUAUUAAAGACCUCAGACGUGUCUGUUUCUUGUUAUCGAACAAAGUAAAUAAGUCCUCCCCUAAGUAACUACCUACACUGUAAUUACAUAACCAUUAACUACCCCAGUUUAUGUAUUACCGUAUCAUAACAAACACCGUGUUUCCUUUUACUAUCAAUGUUCAAGAAGUAGGCACAUUAAUAUAAAUAAAUGUAAACUGCCAAAAAUUAUUUUUCUGCCGAGUUAGAAAAGUUUAUUACCAUACGAAGUCAUAUUGGUCUAUUUUUAACGUGAAAACCGAUGACAGAAAUCGAAAAUUUACCCAAUUAAAACUGCAAAAUUAAUGGAGAACGUGCAUUUCGCUAAUUAAUACAAUCAAACUCGUUACCAAUAUAAAACAAGUUUCGUGUUUGAUACAAUUAAAACUUUGAGUAUCCAUCAUUUUAAAUUUCAAAUAAUUUCAGUACCUACCCAUGUAAUCCGAAUAUAAUUUGCACGAAUGUCUACAGUACCAAACGUAACCGAUUACUUUCAUUUGUUUAACUAAUGCAAACGAUAAAUGUUUAUUAUUAAGUAUAGCAAUGCAAGUUUUCAUUAAUUGUAUUCAUUAUUAUUUAUAAAACACAAUUUCAUUUUCGUGAAUGAUUGCAUAAAAUCACAUACAGCUAAAUAAAAUUGUUUACAUGUAACAGACGCUUUUGGUGUUGUGUGAAAACAUAAUUUUUUCUUCACUUCUCGUUUGUGAAACGAUGAAUAAUAAAUAAACGUCAUUUUUUAACGAUGUUUGAUAUCGUACAAGAGGCAGAAUUCAAGAUGAGCAUAAAUCAACACGGCAUGCAACACAGAGAAAACGAAGCCAUUUUUAUCACGACCGACGCUUCGGCAAUCAAUACACAUUUUAUCGCGGAUUAUGAUGACAAUUUAUUUCCGACAUUGUUUCGAUAUCUUCCAGAUUGUUAACUUUUUCUGUGUCAUUUCGUUUCUUAUCGAAUCGCAGACUAAAAAGAAUAACGUUGCACCAUCUCUUCACAUCAACAACUUCAAUUACGGAUUCUUAAUUAAUUUGAAAUGACCACUAAGACUUCGUAAUGUCGUGAAUUGUUACAAACACCGACGAAAUAUUGUUUUCGCUGUUAGAGGUAAUUUAAAAUUUCAUGGGCCACGAAAUGUAUCAUACAAGAGGCAGAUCUUAUACCAUUCACAUUGUACCUACACUCAAUUGAGUUGAGCAAGUAAGGUCUUAUCAAGAUGAUGGCCCGCGAGAUUAUAAACCACCCCUAUCGCGAUGAGAAAAAUAUUAACCUAUGAACGUAAAAUUUGUGUACAUAUCAACGAAUUAUUAAUUUUGUAAAUAAAAGAAGAACAUUAUAUUGUGAACAGAAUACGUUAAAUGUAAGUUAAUAAUAACUAAAUACGAUGUUACAAUUACUCAUUACGUACAUAUGUCUCUUCCCUGGAAUGUUA